AACGAAAGAGUCCGAGCCAGAGCGGGGCUGUCCGGAACAUCCGGCUGGAGCUUCUCAACAUAAACAGCAAUGGCGGAGGCAGCAGCAGCGUCUACGGCGGCUUCACCAGUAACAGGAGGUUGGACUAAACACGUAACCUGCAGGUAUUUCAUGCACGGUCUUUGCAAAGAAGGAGACAACUGUCGAUAUUCUCACGAUCUGACCAGCAGCAAACCAGCAGCCAUGAUCUGCAAGUUCUUUCAGAAUGGAAACUGUGUGUUUGGAGACCAUUGCAGGUUUGAACACUGUAAAUCAACAAAGCACGAGGAGCCGCCAACCUCGCAGAUGCUGCCUCUGCCCUCCACCUCGCUGGCUGGCCCCUCAGACCCUGAACCCAGCGGACCAACACCUGGGUCAGGCGUACAAGACUGGGUCAAUGCUGCUGAGUUUGUUCCUGGACAGCCGUACUGUGGGCGGGCUGAGCCAGUGAAGGUGGAGAACUCCCUUCCACUCAUCGAGGAGUUUGACAGUGAUGCAGUGCUGGACAGCAAAGAGCUGAGGAAACAGCUCUGUCCGUACGCUGCAGUUGGAGAGUGUCGCUACGGAAUCAACUGUGCCUAUCUCCACGGUGAUGUGUGUGACAUGUGUGGCCUCCAGGUGCUCCACCCCACUGACAACACCCAGCGCUCAGACCACACUAAGGCAUGUAUUGAAGCCCACGAGAAAGACAUGGAGAUUUCAUUUGCCAUCCAACGCAGCAAGGAUAUGAUGUGUGGUGUAUGUAUGGAGGUGGUGUUUGAGAAGGCCAACCCAAGUGAGCGCCGCUUUGGCAUCCUCUCCAACUGCAAUCACUGCUACUGUCUAAAGUGCAUUCGCAAGUGGAGGAGUGCCAAGCAGUUUGAGAGCAAAAUCAUCAAGUCCUGUCCAGAGUGCCGAAUCACAUCCAACUUUGUCAUCCCAAGCGAGUACUGGGUGGAAGAUAAGGAUGACAAACAGAAACUCAUCCAGAAAUACAAGGAUGGCAUGGGGAGUAAAGCAUGUAGAUACUUUGAUGAGGGUCGUGGAACCUGCCCUUUUGGCUCAAACUGCUUUUACAAGCAUGCCUUUCCUGAUGGACGACUGGAAGAAGCUCAACCUCAGCGAAGACAGAACGGAUCCAACAGCAGGAACCGGAACUCGAGGCGAACACCACUGUGGGACAUCUUUGACGAGCAGGAAAGCACCGACUCCUUUGACACCGAGGAUGAGGAGAUGGUGACGUUUGAGCUGAGCGAGAUGCUUCUCAUGCUGCUCGCCGCAGGAACCGAUGAUGAGGUAACAGAUUCUGAGGAUGAAUGGGACUUGUUUCAUGAGGAACUGGACGAUUUCUACGAGAUUUACCUAUAGCAGCCUCCCACCCCCACCCCCACCCCAAUUCAUGUAUACUAGACACUAGAAUGGACUGUCUUGUGCGAGUGUUGGACAGUAGCUUUCCCCUCACCUUAUGUAUUGUGGCAGUGCCUUUAAGCAGGCCAUUAAUAAAUGAACUUAUAAAAGGUUUAAAAAAGACAAAAAAAAUCCAACAAGUCAGUGCACUCGUGCUAAACAUUUUCUAGGCAUCUAUCCUCGUGAGUCUUUCUUGUGCGGUUCGUGUUAAAAGGAAAAAUGAUAAGAAGAACUCAAUAUAAGAUUUAGCAAGAAUUAUAACUUUCUUCAAAGAAUAAACAUUGUCAAGUUUAUUUGUGGGUGUGAGUUUGACUUGUUUAUCAUCUACCCAGGUGUUGUACAUACUUCUGAGACUCUGAGGAUGCACUCAAACUUACUCAGCACCGUUUACUGUAAUCCUGAUGGGCAUGUUGUAAGAUUUUGAAGUUUUUUGAAGGCCGGUACUUCUUCUUUUUCUUUAUCGAAGCUGCUGAUAGCCAAUUUCUUGUGCUGAUGUUUAUUAAAUUUACCAUCUUCAUUGUCAUGUUGUACUGAAAAAUAUUUCUCCACUCUCAAUAAUUUUAUACUUACACUUUUCAUUAAAGGACCUUUUAUGGGUCAUUUAGAUCACAAUGGAAGAUAAAGUGUCUUUUAAAGUCCCAGGAAGGACAGCUGCCUCUGUUACCCUGAAACAUCACCCACUGAGCAGCUCAUUCAUUUCUUUCCAGAAUGAAUGUUUAGCAUGUAAAUGAAACAUGGUACAGGCAGCAAACUUUGGGACUGCAAAGAUGAGGGAAAAGGCAGAAUUCCUUUUCCACAUUGGUCCAGAUAAGGCUCAGUGUGAUUAUGAACUUGUAUAAUGAUGUUGACUAGCGUGAGUCCACAGAGGGCUGCUCACAAACUGUGUGCUUAGUGCUUUCUAAGGCAGCUAGAAACCAAUACUACUGAAAAAACAGUCUGUCCUUUUCUGUACACUGAUCAGUUCCAACAUUAAACCACCUGCCUAACAUCGUGUAGUCCCUCCUCUUGUCUGACCAAUCAGGGCAUGCAGAGAGGACUCCCGAUGUUCUCCUGCUGUGUCUCACUCUUUGGGUCCUUUGGGUAGAUUGGGCUAAUUUCAGCACAUCCUGUUGAUGCUCAUUCAAACUGAGAUCUGAGGAGUUAGGAGGCUGGGCCAACACCUAUGACUUUUUGGGGGUGGGGGUUCCUUGAGCUGCUCAGUCACUGAAGUUUCUGGGUUACAGAGGUGGUGAUCUGAUCCAAAAGUUCACCUGUUUUUGUAGUCUUGGAAACAAAACACCUUUCAAAGAAGGAUGAAUUCAGUGUACAGUUGUCCUGCAAAGUGGUUUCCCAAUGCUUCUGUGUGACUUUGAUCAGAGUUCUCAUGUAGUUCAGCGUAAAAAUCCAACUGGCUGCAUACAUCAGCAGACUGCUUCAUCAAUCAAAUAAAGAAAAAAAGAUUGACCUUUUCAUUUGACAUCCGUCCGUGGAUGCCUUUGGCACCAAAAGACAAGUCCUCCUCUACACCAAGCUAAAGAGUCGCCAGUUCAGAUUAAAAAAUCUUCAGCAGACUUAAAGUGCAAAGAAUGUUGGAGUUGGGAGACAUUUCAUUUCCAUUCACUGUUCUCUCUUGGCUUCCCUGAAUAUAGCAUAUUAAGCUUUGCUGCUGAGAUGCUGACCCACAGACUCCUGACAGCUGGUGCCAACCUGUUGAACUCCUUUGGAAUGCAUAUGUUUAUACUGAAAUGUGUGUUUUCUAUGUUCCACAGCUAUCAUCUUAACUUGAAAUUAAAGUUUAUUAUCAAUCUCU